AUGGAUUUUCUGACUGAAACCUUGGAAGCCAUUGAUUGUGAGGUGGAACGGGUUGAAUAUAGAGAUCCAGCGGGUGUGCUGAAGGUAAAUCUCAUCGGACGCAAAGGGCCUGAUACAGGCAAACGUGGGUUGGCACUCCUCGGACACAUAGAUACUGUUCCUGCUAUCGGCUGGUCGAUGGAUCCGUUUGAAGCACGGAUUGCUGAUGGGAAGAUGUACGGUAGAGGCAGUUGUGAUAUGAAGGGCAGCGUCGCUUGUAUGAUUGAGGCUGCAUCGCGCUAUGCAACGUCAAAUUUGGGGGCACCACUCUAUGUCGUCAUCACGGCUGAUGAAGAGGUAGGAUACUUUGGGGCGAGUGCUGUCGCGGAGAAAUCCGAGAUGUUUAAGAAGCACGGUUUUCCGCAAUACGGCGUAGUCGGUGAACCGACAGAACUACACGCCGUGUAUGCCCACAAAGGGGCUGUCCGUUUUACCGUCACGGCACACGGGCGCGCUGCACACAGUAGUACAGGCGCAGGGGACAACGCGAACCUCAAGUUGAUUCCUUUUCUUGCAGAGAUGCGAGAUAUUUACCACGAAUUGACAAACGAUACCCAGUACUUCAACGACGAAUUCACACCACCUUUUACGGAUUGGAACAUCACUAUCAGUGAUGGUGAGUGCGCUGCAAAUAUCACCUCUCCGCUGAGCGUCUGCAGUAUUAAUUACCGUCCAAUGCCCGGUGAUGAUUCACAGGUAUGGAUAGAUCGCGCUCGCGAUUCGGCUGAAAGGCAUGGGCUGGUAUUUCAUCUCUAUAUUGACGCGCCGCCAGUGCGUACACCCCCUGAUGCUGAGAUCAUCCAAGCAGCACUUAAAAUUACCGGAGAGACAGAACCUACAACCGUUGCCUAUAGCACCGAUGCAGCUGUCUUUUCACAACACAUGGAGACCGUUAUCAUCGGACCGGGGAGCAUUCUACAGGCACAUACCGUAGAUGAGUGGAUGGCGUUGGAUCAGUUUCCACAAGGAGUCUCAAUCUUUAGUCAGUUUGUGGAGCGGUUUUGUGUGGCUUAG